CAGGGCUGUGCCUGUCCCGGCCGCUCGCGGCAGCCGCAUUGACCCCCCGGCUUCCCCUUGGCGUGCGGCCCCCGGCCUCCCACUGCUCCGCUUCGUCUGGCGCCACGGCCCGCAGGCGCUGCCCGCGCCCCAGAGCCGCGCCUCUGCCGGGCUCGGCGCGCAGGCUGCGGGCGGCGCCCCCCGGCCGUGCGGAAGAGACGGGGAAGGGGCCGAGCGGGAGCCGAGGCGCUGCCCGGCGGGUGUCUCUCUUACCAGUUGGCAGAAACAGAUUAUUCCAGUUUGCUGUGGAUUCCUCAUUGUUAUGUUGCAGCCAAUUAGUAUCUGCCUUUUUCAGCACAGAGCAUCCCUCUCUAAAACCCCAGGCCUGAAGAAGGAGAAAAAAUAUAAGGAAAAAAAUAGUUGUUUUGUCAUUUCUUUAGUCUGGGAGCUGGUGUGUGUUCUAUAAUGUCUCUUACUGAACCUCCCUGGGCUAUGAGAAGGGAAGUAAUGGAUGCUGUUUUUGUGGUCAGCAAAGUAAUCUCUGCUUGGAGUACAAUUUUAAGCAAUAUUAUAUAAUCAAAUCACCCUAAGUCAAACCUUAUAUGUGCUGCAGUUGCAGUUGCAAUUUUACUGCAGAUACUGCCCCAGAUCUCACCAGGAUUAUAGACUUUACAGUUCAGAGUUUUCCCUGUAAUUAAAAAUUAUUUUCUUAAUCAAUGGGAUGAGACUGAAAUAGGAAUGUUUUCAUUAAACCCAGCCUGGGUUUGAAGAGGCGGUUGGACCUUCUGAGUUUGUGGUGAAUUUCAGAGCCUCGCUACCAAGGGGAAUUCAUGCUAUGGCAGCAACCUAUCAGCUUGUAGUCACUACUGUGAACUGUUACAGCAGUGUCGUGAUAGACUGUCACUUUCAGCACACUGUGCAUUACUGUACUGGGACCUGUCAGGUGUUCAAGCAAGGAGUUGCAUGCAUAGUGGCCCACCACAGUAUUUGUGCAGAGCUACUUCGAGUCCCUGCAUCUAAUGUCAGAGGUGCAGAUCUAGACCAGAGACUUUCGACUCCUGAAAAUGGGCUAACUUUGGCUGGGAAUGAAGACUAUCAGCAGAUCCUCCCAAGUAAUCCAAGGCUCAAAAAGGGAUCUUCAGUGCAAACCACCUGCAGUCUAAAAGAUAUCACCGGGGAAGCUAUAAAUCUUGCCAGUGGUAAAAUAAAGGAAUUCUCCUUUGAAAGGGUCAAAAACUCUUCCAGCCAUGUGACCUACAGAAAGGGAAGGAAAGUGAGGUCAGAAUCGUUCAACAGACGGUCAUUUGAUUUUGAUCUGAUUUAUGGACACUUCAACAAUGAUGAGAACUGCCCUCCCUUUGGCUUGCUGCAGACUCCCUCAGCUGGGGAGAAAUGGCAGGAGAGCUGCAAUUCCUCAGAGGGAAAUGUGAAUACUGCCGCUUCCCUCUCCACCCAGGCCUUCUCUGAAGAGAGCUUUAUCACCCAGAUUUUGGAAAAGCACAAGCUGGACAGCUCUUCUGGUGGAGAUAUUAAAGUGUGUUUGGACAUUCUGCUCAAAUGCUCUGAGGACCUGAAAAAAUGUACAGAUAUCAUCAAGCACUGCAUCAAAAAGAAAGCUUCAGGUGAUAUCAGUGGGGGAAAUGAUAAUGACCCCUUGGCCAGCUCUGAGAUGAUCUAUAGGAAUUUGAUGACUAGGUUUUCUUCCUACCUGAAAAAGCUCCCCAUUGAACUAAAGCAGCCCAGUCACGUGGAACUCGGUGACUUGGCAGAAUUGGUUACUAGUUUGCAUGGGUUGCAGCAGGCUCCCUUUUCCCCAAUAUUUGGCAAUGAGCAACCUCCUAGGUAUGAGGAUAUUGUGCAUUUGCCAUCCGCCAUAACAAGACCCUCUCUUACUGUAGAACUGCAAGAUGGCCAGCAUGAGAUUGGCACAACUAGCACCCCAAAACCUAUCCAAACUAACACUGGAGGCUUUACCUCAGACUCCUUGCACAGCAGCACCCAGCAGAACAACUCAAGAACUGUGAAAAAUGCUUGUACUGUACCUCAGUUACUAACUGUAAGCCCUUCCAAAUGUGUGUCUUCCAUUGGAGAAACGCUAUACAUUGAAGAGGAGUCAGAUGGGGAGAUAGCACUAGGCAAGGGAAAGAGGGCAGAACAUAAAGGUAGCUGGGAGAGUUUAGAGAGCAGCCAACAGAAAACUGGAAGCCCAGAUCUUACUGUAGUCCUUAAAGAGGCACCUGCCAGAGUUCAUGCUGAAGCUGUUGCCGAGACCUCUGGGAAAAUCACCUUUAUAGAACCAAUCUCAGAUUCUCUUAUGAAUGAUUCCAGGGCUAGCACCUCUUCAGGAGAACAAAGAGAAUCAAGGAAAAACAACCAGGAUGAGAUAGAUAAGCUGCUGUUGGACUUGGAGCACUUUUCACAGAAAAUGGAGAGCGCGCUGAAGGAGCCCACCAUGAAGGAGAACGAUCCUGGAUUUCUGAAGGGCUUUGGCCAAGAGGGUGGGAAGGUCCUACCACUAGCUCUUGAAACCAAAAAUAAAGUCUGUUUAUUCCCUGACAAAAACUCUACUUCCCCUUUGUCAAAGACCGUGGAAACUAAUGGCCACAAAAUGGAGGAAGACGACAAAGCCCUUCUACUUCGUAUCCUGGAAAGUAUCGAGGAUUUUGCCCAAGAACUGGUGGAAUGCCACAUGGGCAAAGGAAAUUUAUCCAAAGAGAAGGAAAUGAUGCAAAUUCUUCAGGAAACCUUGACCACUCCCUCACAGUCCUUCCCAGCUGUACAGAGAAGUUGUAUGGGUGCUACUACCAAAGACACUGUCCCCACAUUGAUUCAGCAGCCCCCAGAGGUGAUCAAGGUUCAAAAUAAACAAGAGAAGAAGCCUGGGACUCCAUCCCCAGCCCCUUUGAAGUCAGCCGUCAGUCCACGACCUCUUGUGACUGUGAAUAAAGUCCUUAUCAAUGCCCCUGUGUCCAUAAACAUUCCACGUUUCUACUUCCCCAAAGGGCUUCCAAGUGUCUGCAACAAUCACGAGGAGACCAUUGCCAGGAUCGAAGCAUCCUUUACUGAGUUUGAAGAUGAGAGAGCCAACAUUUAUGAAAUGGGGAAAAUUGCCAAGGUAUGUGGCUGCCCUCUGUACUGGAAAGCCCCCAUGUUCAAUGCAGCAGGGGGAGAAAGGACGGGAUUUGUAUCUGUACAUUCGUUCGUAGCUAUGUGGAGACAAUUACUACAGAGCUGCCAUGAUGAUGCAGCCAAAUUUCUUUACCUUCUAGCAAAACCCAGCUGCAGCUACCUAGAGCAGGAGGAUUUCAUCCCACUUCUUCAGGAUGUGGUUGAAACGCAUCCUGGCCUGACAUUCUUGAAGGAUGCUCCAGAAUUCCAUUCCCGCUACAUUACUACGGUUAUACAGAGAAUAUUCUACAUGGUCAAUAGAUCCUGGUCUGGGAAAAUCACCCUAACGGAGAUGAGGAAAAGCAACUUUUUGCAAACUCUUGCCCUCUUGGAGGAAGAGGAUGACAUAAACCAAAUCACAGACUACUUCUCCUAUGAGCACUUCUAUGUCAUCUACUGUAAAUUCUGGGAGCUGGACACUGACCAUGACCUCUACAUCAGCCAGAGGGAUCUGGCUAGAUACAAUGAUCAAGGCACCAGUAAGAGAGCUCGUCAAAGGUGCUUUGGGUCUUUCAGAGGCAAUGAAGCGCAGAAAGAGGGACAGCUGAGCUAUGCAGAUUUCGUGUGGCUCCUCAUUGCUGAAGAAGACAAAAGGAGCCCCACAAGUAUCGAAUACUGGUUCCGCUGCCUGGAUUUGGACGGAGACGGCGUGCUGUCUAUGUAUGAACUGGAGUAUUUUUAUGAGGAACAGUGUGAGAGGAUGGAAGCGAUGGGCAUCGAGCCAUUGCCAUUCCAUGACUUACUGUGCCAAAUGCUCGACCUGGUAAAGCCAGACGGUGAUGGAAGGGUGAUGCUGCGAGACCUGAAGAGAUGCAGAAUGGCUCAUGUAUUCUACAACACCUUCUUUAACUUAGAAAAGUACCUGGACAAUGAACAGCGGGAUCCGUUUGCAAUACAGAAGGAUGUUGAAAAUGAUGGACCGGAGCCCUCAGACUGGGACAGAUACGCUGCAGAGGAGUAUGAGCUUCUUGUUGCUGAAGAAUCUGGAAAUGAGCAGUUACAAGAAGGAUCAUUUGAAGAGGACUAUGAAACAGACGAACUUUUAACUCCCUCUGAAACUGCAGACAAGUCGGACAAACUAGCUAUCUCAGACCUUUCAUCCUAGAAAAAUGGAAGACAUAGAACUAGUAUCUGUCAAUAUUUAAGUGGCGAGUGGUCGGUAGACACUUAGGAGUUUUUUAAAAAAUCCUUCCUUGAAGCAAAGUGCUUUAUUUUCUACACUGUAAUUCAAGAUCCUUUUUUUCUUCAUAUGUGUAACUGCAAGAAGGUAAUUUCUAUAAAAAGUCUUUUUGCAAAUUGUUAUUGUGCAUGCUCAUUAAAUAUGGUGACUGCACUUUGUUUCCUUCUUGUCUUGCCAUACAAAUUCUAUAAAGUCUCCAUGUGCAAUAAUGGUCUAACAUCUAAUGCUUAAACAUAAUAAAAUUGCAUGCAACUUGCACAGUAGUCAUUACCAAAUUAAUUCAAGAAAGUCAUUUCUGUAUUAUUUAUUCUGUACCCUUUAACUUUACCAGGCUGACAAAUUAACUCCGUUUAAAUGAACAUCUAAAGAGUUCCAUCAAGCCUCAUCUACUAACUUACCUCUUUUUUAAAGUGUCAAAGUGUCCUGCUCAUUCUGGAAACAGAAAAUAUCCCCAAACACAACACACAAAUUAAGGUGCCCUCUUGUGCUUUACACUGUAAGCUCUUCAAACGCUUAUUUGUUAAGCGUAUUUUACUCACUGUACAGGGCAAUGUACAGCUACAGUACUACAGACAAAAAAAAGCCACAUUAAGACAGAAUUCAGGUUUAGCACCUUUGCACUCUCUCACAUGGAUAGAAGGAACUCCCUGCAAAUACUGACAAUGCCACCAUACUGUCCUCCUUGAAACUCUUCUCUGCUGUGAUGCCUACAAAAAACCUCAACAAUUAGGGCAGCUGACGUGCUAUGAGUGCUGCUUCUCAUGCUAACCUAAAUUAUCUCCAUUUCCUAAUGCUCCUCCCAUCUGUUGUAUCCGCGUAUUAGCUAUAAUCUUAGACGUAUAUUGUAAACUACAGACAUAUGGCAAAAUCUGUCACUGCCCUUAAAGUGUCUAGCUCAGUGAGGCCCAGGCCUUUAGGUACUACUGCAAUACCAAUAAUUAGUAAAUAAAUAAUAAAUAAGAAGAAGAUUGAGUGUAUAUGAGUAAUUUAGGUUAAAACAUUGCAGGGCUUUCUAAUGAUCCCCAGAGCAUGCAUUACAUCCUGAAGAAAUUCAGAGUUAAGUUAACCUCAAAAUAUCCAAACAUGUUAAGGUACGGAAAUGUACCUAAACAAUCUUAACUCUGCCCUCUAGUGAUACUAUGCAACAAUCAUUAAUUUAUUAGUAACAUAUGUUCUCAUGGGACUGAGGCCACAUCUUCCCUUACCAAAGAUUACCAUCACCUUCAUUCAUCGGCUCCUCUCUACGUCCUGAUAACAUAGGGCCACCGUAUUUCCUGUGGACAAUUUGUCUUCAUUCCUACUGGGACAAACAGAAGACAGUAGCUAUAUCUGCUAAGGGCAGCCUGUAGCCUCAGUUCUAUUGGGAGCAAUGGGGGAUGGUGGCCAUGAGAAGAGGGAAACUUCUUGAGAGCCAUGCUUAACUUGUAAUGAAAAAGAUGCCAAGGCUCAAGCAAUUUUUUUUAUUUUCAAAACUGACACGGGAAGCCCAGAGGUGCCAGAGCUAUGAACUGCCGGGCUUAGCCCUGGCACAAAUUAAGCACUGCUUGAGAAGCUUUCUGGGUAAGAAGAUUUGAUACACCAAUCUCUGCUGAAGAAAAAUCUCAGUUAUGCAGAAUUAUGGUUACAAAAAAUUACCCUUAAUACUGAAUAGUUCUUUUCAAAAAUUGCCUCUUUUAUCAGAUCUAGUCAACAGGGCAAAAGGAGGGAGAGGGAAAUGAGGCUGUGUGUACACAGAAGACUGUUGGGGGGUAAGGAAGAAGGAAAAACUGCGCAAAAAAGGAUAGGGCAGGAUGGAACACUAGGUGUGAGUAGGGGGAGCCUGUGAAGCACAGAGGGGAGGGGAAUACUGGGGUGUACACUCUGGCUGCUUUGUGCUGCUGAGAUGAUACAAAGCUGCUGCCAACUAAUGCCAGAAUGCUCUGGGUGCUUUGAACUGGUCCACAGCAGCAUGAAGCAGCCACGGUGUUCCAAUGAAGCCCUGUACGUUCAAAUUUUAGAAAAGAUUGAAGGUUGAUACUGCAUAUCUUCAAAUCAUUAGAAACUAUUUGAUGAUAAUUAAGGCUAUGUUUUAGUCAUAGGUAUUUUUAAUAAAAGCCACGGAC